CUCCCCUACCUUACCCCCUUUCCCCUAGCUCCCCUUCCUCUCGUUCUCUCGCUCACCAUUUCUCCCCUAGAUCAGAAGGAACAAAAUUUCCCAGCUUUUCACACCUGAAUGCAAAUACCAGCUGCUAGCUAGUCGUAAUUAAGCAUGCAUGAACAUGUGCUUGUCAAUCAUGCAUCUGGAUGCCUUCUAGCUACUUAGUUUUGCAUAUAAUAGUGAUGUUAGAUCUCGAUCCUCUCCUUGAACCUUGAUGGUACGUACAUAGUAGAGCAAAGAUUUUAAUUUCAUUGCUUACAUCCCCAGCUCCCAGAUCGUUUCUAGCUAGAUACAAAUCAUCAGUUCCAUCUGCUCCACCAGUACUGAAAUAUUCCUUGUACUUGAUGAAUCAAUCAGCCUCUCCAUUCUCCCUUGGUUUUCCCCUUUGAUUCGCGUUCCCAAAGUUCUAAUUGGAGGCAGGACAGCACGUGUAUGUGUAGGCUGUUGUAGUGCACAGCGCUCUAUAUAUGCUUUGUACAAGCACCAAAUCCGCUCCUCAAACUGCUCGACGUGUACUAGCAGCUCUGCCUCCUUGCUCUUUUCUAAUCAUCGCUGCAGCUAGCGUCGCAAAUUUGUUCCCUUCCAUUCCCCCCACCCACCUCGCGUCGCCCCCUACAUGAUGCAGUUCACUCAUGCUGCAGUAACUGCACCGCCUCUCCACCCUAAUGGCGCACACGGACUAGGGUUAGGGCUCUUCCUUGACGUCGGAGCUCCCAGGGCACGGCCGUGGCCAGCCGGGGGCUUUGCGUCGACGCCGCCGCCGCUUCCGACAUCGUCCAAGAUCUCUCUGGGCAACCUCAACAGCGCCGGGUGCAUGGAGCAGCUACUGGUGCACUGCGCCAACGCCAUCGAGGCCAACGACGCCACACUCACGCAGCAGAUCCUGUGGGUGCUCAACAACAUCGCCCCCGCCGACGGGGACUCGAACCAGCGGCUCACGGCGGCGUUCCUCUGCGCGCUCGUCACGCGCGCGUCCAGGACGGGCGCGUGCAAGGCGGUCACCGCGGCCGUGGCCGCCGCGGUUGAGUCGGCCGCGCUCCACGUGCACCGCUUCACGGCCGUCGAGCUGGCCAGCUUCGUCGACCUCACGCCGUGGCACCGGUUCGGCUACAUGGCGGCCAACGCCGCAAUCCUCGACGCGGUCGAGGGCUUCCCCGUCGUGCACGUCGUCGACCUCAGCACGACGCACUGCAUGCAGAUCCCGACGCUCAUCGACAUGCUCGCCAGCCGCGCCGAGGGGCCCCCGAUCCUCCGGCUCACCGUGGCCGACGUCGCCUCCUGCAGCAGCGCGCCGCCCCCGGUGCUCGACAUGUCCUACGACGAGCUCGGCGCGAAGCUGGUCAACUUCGCGAGGUCUCGCAACGUGUCCAUGGACUUCCGAGUGGUGCCCACCUCGCCGGCCGACGCGUUCAGUUCCUUGGUCGACCAGCUCCGGGUGCAACAGCUGGUCUUGGACGGCACCGAGGCGCUCGUCUUCAACUGCCAGAUGCUUCUGCACACCGUGCCGGACGAGACGGCCGGGUCGGUGAGCCUCGCGCAGUCGGUCUCGCUCCGGACCAUGCUCCUCAAGUCCCUCCGAGCCCUCGAGCCUGCCCUGGUCGUGGUGGCCGAGGAAGACGCCGACUUCACUGCGGGUGACGUGGUGGGGAGGCUUCGCGCGGCGUUCAACUUCAUGUGGAUCCCGUACGACGCCGUGGACACCUUCCUGCCCAAGGGGAGCGAGCAGCGGCGGUGGUACGAGGCGGAGGUCGGAUGGAAGGUGGAGAACGUGCUGGCGCAGGAGGGGGUGGAUAGGGUGGAACGGCAGGAGGACAGGACGAGGUGGGGGCAGAGGAUGCGCGGCGCGGGGUUCCGGCCGGUGGCAUUCGGCGAGGAGGCGGCUGGGGAGGUGAGGACGAUGCUUAAUGAGCACGCGGCAGGGUGGGGGAUGAAGCGGGAGGACGACGACCUCAUGCUCACAUGGAAGGGGCACAACGUUGUCUUCGCCUCGGCGUGGGCACCGUCGUGAGGUGGGGCGACGUGCGGAUGGCAAUACGGUUGGACAAGGUGAGUGGGUGUUUAGCCUGCAUGCUACCAUGGAUAAUGUGGUUAGGGUUGGAUUGUGUGUAUGUUCAUGAUAUGAAAGAUGAUCCUGUUGAAUUAGUUUUACUACCAGGUAGCUGAUGCAUUGCAGAGAAUUGGUCAGUUUGAUCAUUGUAAUGAUAAUGCCUCUGAAACACACCCUAGGAGAAACAAGAAAUGUAACCAUGGGAUCAUUGUCAUACUUACAGCCAAAUGUAGAAGAUAUCUUCAUACUUAC